UUCCAUGGAAAUACGUUAUGCUUGUAGCAGCGCUUCUUGUCUUAAGUCAUAAAUAUAGUGCUAAUUCAUAUACAAAUUAGUUCCAGGAGUAGGUUGGUAACUGUACAAGCCUGUUACGAUCAUUCAUCACAGGCUAGAAAGCACAGAAAUGGAACAAUGCAUUAGUUUGCAUGCUUGCUAUUGCUUAGAAUGCUAAUCAUUAUUCUACCUGCUAAUAUGCUAGCUAAACGGAGUCAAAAGACAGUUUAGUUACAGUACAUCUCUCGUAACAGUAAUUGGAAGAAGAGGGAAGCGUCGGAUUUCUAAAUGUAUUUUUUGUGCAGGUAGCCUACAGUAGAUGUGAGUUGAGGAUGGCGGAGGUGGUGUUGGGUGUUGGUACAGGUGUAUUCAUCCUCGCUUUAAUCUGGAUUGUGACUCUCGCGCUCGCCAUCAUUCUUUCGCGCGCAACCGGUGCAACAAAGUUAGGGAUUAUUCCUAUAUUUCUUCUGGCGCUCACCAUCUCACUGGUCCUAGUGUUUUUCCCGCGCGCCCCUGAAGUACCCACCCCCGAAACAAAAAUUCAGAUUGUGGAUAUGUUUUUCAUCGGCCGGUACGUGCUCCUGUCCUUGGCGAGUGUGGUGUUUUUGGCAGCCCUGUUCAUGUUACUGCCCUUACAUUUCCUGGAGCCUGUAUAUGCCAAGCCCCUGAGAACACACUAGACCUCGAGCCUUCAUGUGCCAAACUGCUACAGAUACCCCAAAGCAGGGCAGCCAACCUGGCAGCACCAUCGAUGAACGGACCCUGCUUGAGAUGAAAGAGACCAGCAGCAGGUUCCAGGGCUUUUGUCUUCCUCUCCAAAUCAGAGAUGUCCACAUCUCUCUGAGAGCACAUCAUAGAGGUGGCUGAGUGAAGCGACGCAUUGGCAGCAUUUUCAAAAAGGCCUGAUUUGUCCCAUUUUAAGGGUUAGAUGUACAGUAACUGCAGAAAUGUGUUACAUGAGAUGCUGACGUUGUACUUUUGAAUACUUAUGUUAUAAAUUCUUUCUUAUUUUAUAUAACCUUUUUCAGUCUUUUAAAAAUAUUUCUCUGGUGUUUGUUUGUUUUUUCUUAUUUGUUUUGCAAUUGUGUUAUAGUUUACUCCAUUUCAAAAUGAA